AUGGCAGUGGAUGUCCUGGGGGAGGCCGCCAAAUACGGGCUAGACGGAGAAGGUGUAGUCAGCGCUCAUCGCUUCAACUAUCUCUUGAGCCAGCUCUACAUCGCCGGAGACUCGGAAACCUUCACCCGAGCCGUGUCGGAGGCUGAGCACCGGCAGCAGUCUCUCAACGCUCGUUCGCACACCCUGAUCGCCAAGUUCGAGGGGGAGAUGAGGGCCAAGGAAGAAGCCAGGGUAAAGGCGGAGGAGGAGGAGGCGGCCAGGGUAAAGGCGGAGGAAGAAGAAAAGGCGAGGCUAGACAAGGAGGAGGAAGAGCGCAAGGCCCAGGAAGAGGCGGCGGCGGCAGCGGCAGCGGCGGAGGAGGCGAGGCUGAAGGAGAAGGCAGAGGAGGAGGCCGCCGCGGCACUGGAAGCGCAGAAGGUAGAAGAGGACAGAGCGAAGGAGGAGGCAGCUACAGCAGGGGGGGAUGGUGAUGUUUCGUCCCCGGGUGGCGGCGACGACGCAGAGCAAGUCGCCGGGGGGGAAGACGCCAAGGCGGAAGCGGAAGCAGAAGGAGGAGAGGCGAAGCGAUGAGCAUUGGCAGAGAGCCGGAGGAGGUGGCGCGGCAGUACUUUUACUCUGUCGUCUGUUCUCUGGACAAGUAAUUAUUGCCAGCAGGUUACGGUAGUUGGUUGGGGUCCUCGCGUCCGAACACCGCGAGCGGCAGGGCGAACGGCAAGGAACUUUCGACGAAAAGC